CCCAAGAUGGCAUCAGCCACAGAAAAAGAAGACUAUUCACUGCCACCUCGGCUGCCUGAACUGUUCGAAACCAUCCAGCAACUUCUGGAUGAAGUGGAAGAAGCAGCUGAACCCACCACUUCCCGAAUAAUCCAAGGCAAGGUGUUGAAGGGACUAGACCUCCUUAAGAAGGCUGCUGAAAUGUUAUCACAGCUUGACUUAUUCAGCAAAAAUGAAGAUUUGGAAGAGAUUGCCUCCACUGACCUCAAGUACCUGAUGGUGCCAGCAUUUCAAGGUGCGCUCACCAUGAAACAAGUUAACCCCAGCAAACGUCUAGAUCAUUUGCAGUGUGCUCGAGAACACUUUUUAAACUAUUUAACUCAGUGCCAAUGCUAUCAUGUGGCAGAGUUUGAGUUGCCUCAAACCAAGAACAACUCAGCUGAAAAUAACACUGCUAGUUCCUCCACGGCCUAUCCUAGCCUCAUUCUUAUGGCUUCUCAAAGACAGGCUAAAAUAGAGAGAUACAAACAGAGGAAGGAGGUGGAGCAUAGGUUGUCUGCAAUGAGAUCUGCUGUGGAAAGUGGUCAAGUAGACGAUGAGCAUGUUCGUGAGUAUUACCUCCUUCACCUCCGAAGGUGGGUUUGUAUCAGCUUGGAAGAGAUAGAGAGCAUUGACCAGGAGAUAAAGAUCCUGAGAGACAAAGACUCUUUCGGAGAGGCCUCGACUUCUCACUCAUCUUUUCAGGACAAGCCUCCAAUGAAACCCUUCAUUCUCACUCGUAAUGUGGCCCAAGCCAAAGUAUUUGGAGCUGGUUAUCCAAGUUUGGCAUCUAUGACAGUGAGUGAGUGGUAUGAUCAGCAUCAAAAAUUUGGAGCAUUACCAGAUCAGGAAAUAGCUAAGACAGCAUCAGAGGUCAAAAGAGCAGAUCAGGAAAAGGAAGAUCAGGACCAAAAGGAAGACAAGGAAGACGAGUAUGAAUAUGAUGAGCAAACACUCCGCCAGGUUCAGCAGCGGGAUGACUGGAAGGACACCCAUCCUAGGGGCUAUGGCAACCGACAGAACAUGGGUUAGUCUGCCCACAAGACAGGACUAUGGGACCAUAGAGGGACACAUCUUUCCUGAAAUGGAAAGCUGUGCCGUCUCCCCCUGCCUGGCUUCCUGCUUCGGCUCUGUCCCUGCUUUCCCCCAAAGGCAAAGAUGCUUAAUCCUGCUUUGAGCUCAAUAAAGUGUCAAUCAAUUAAAUGUGUAUUUGUACCCUAGAUAAUGAAUCAGCAAUCUUGUUUUGGCAUUAUUGUGUUCAUCAUGAUGUAUUUCAGUGGAAAGAAAUGAGUCCUGAGAAACGGCUAUGUAAUAAUCAGCGGCUAUAUGAAUUCUCCUUAAAAAUAAUACAAGUCCCUUCUAUUACAUGAUAGACCUGUGCAAAAAAAUUAAAAUAAAGGAAAUAAAAGUA